UCACGAUGUAAACGUAAACCGUGCAUUCGUAGUUCAUUCAUUGCCCAUCAAGUCGCGUAACUGCAGGAUCGAAGUCACGUAUGCGACUGUAGUUUUAUAAAUAUGUAUUAGAAAAUAAUUCGGGUACGAGUUUUUGAUACUGCGAUACAUUCGUUUUGAAUGUGUCACGAUCCUCUUAACAUUAUCAACGAUGAGACACUAGUUCUAAUGACUUUCAGUUUUGUGAAUUCGCUUAGUUCAUAAACCUAGAUUGAGAGAAAAAGAUGGUACCGCUUUGGAGGUUAUGUACGAGAGGCAUCAGCUCGCAAAGGAUCGGAUUUCGCAGGUCAACGGUCGCGUAUGGAGAGCUGUUUUACGCAUGUUUAACGCCGGCAGUCAAGUUUAACAGAAAAGCGCCUGUAUUUUCGAUUUUAAGAUCCCGAGCGACGAAUGCUGUAGACAGUAGAAGCUUGGAGCCCGCGGCACGAUCUAUCAAAUCGAAGAGGAGAAAAACGUCGGAGUUGAAGAAUCUGAUCGUACUGGCGGUACCUGAGAAACGGAGGUUGUUUGGCGCGAUUGUAUUCUUGUUAAUUUCGUCUACCAUAACGAUGGCAGUGCCGUUCUCUUUAGGGAAACUGAUCGACACCAUCUACGCGAGCGACAAAGAAAACAUGAAGGACAAUCUCAAUCGGUUGUGCGUUGUAUUGCUCGGGAUAUUUGUCACCGGGGCUCUGUGCAACUUCUGCAGGAUAUAUCUGAUGUCCACUGCCGGACACAGGAUCACACAGUCUUUGCGAAAACAGUUGUAUGCUGCUAUUCUUCGCCAGGAAAUAGCAGUUUUUGACAAAUGCAACACAGGGGAAUUUGUUGGCCGAUUAUCCGGUGACACGCAACUUGUUAGCCAAGCAUUGACGAGCAAUAUAUCAGAUGGAUUACGUUCCACCUUCAUGAGUAUUUGUGGAAUAUCUAUGAUGCUCUAUGCCUCGCCUAAACUGGCUGUAGUUAGUCUGACUGUUGUACCACCAAUGGCGGGUUUAGCCAUAGUGUGGGGCCGCUAUUUAAAGAAGAUCUCCAAGGACAUGCAAAACAAUUUAGCGGAAUUGAACACAAUCGCCGAAGAGAGAAUUAGCAACAUAAGAACAGUGAAAGCUUUCUCGAAAGAAAUAAAAGAGUCAGAUCAUUACAAUUCCCAACUGGACAACGUGCUUAAAAUUUGUUAUAAAGAAAGUUUAUACAGAGGAAUAUUCUUUGGGCUAACUGGUUUCUCCGGGAACGUGAUCAUCCUGUCUGUUUUGUACUACGGCGGAGCCAUGGUUUCCGAUUCCUCCCUUACAAUCGGAAGUUUAAGCGCGUUCUUAAUGUACGCCGCGUACGUUGCAAUCUCUUUAAAUGGCUUGUCUUCGUUUUAUAGCGAUUUGAACAAAGCGUUGGGUGCAAAUAUGCGUUUAGUCGAAUUGAUCGAAAGAGAGCCGGUAAUACCAAUUCAAGGUGGUAAAAUUCUGGAAAAGCAGCUGUCAGGUGAUAUUGAAUUUCAAAAUGUCAGUUUCGCUUAUCCUACAAGAGGGAAUACAUGGGUUUUGAAAAAUUUCAGUUUAAAAAUCCCACCAUGUACGGUAAUUGCUAUCGUUGGAGCAUCAGGUUCCGGAAAAUCCACAAUAGCUUCACUCUUGUUGAGACUUUACGAUCCCAAUUUAGGAUCUGUACUUUUAGACAAUAAUGAUCUUCAGUCUCUUGACCCAGUGUGGGUGAGAUCGCAGAUCGGUAUUGUUUCUCAGGAACCUACGCUCUUUAGUGGUACAAUAAGAGAGAAUAUAUUAUAUGGAGCAAUGGAUCCAGUGAAAUACGAUGUAGAAGAAGUUGCAAGACAUGCGCACGUUUUAGAAUUUACAAAAAACAUGCCAGAUGGUUUAGACACAGUGGUUGGGGAACGGGGUAUUACUCUCAGUGGUGGACAAAGGCAAAGAGUUGCUAUUGCUAGGGCUUUGAUAAAGGAGCCUAAAAUCUUAAUCCUGGACGAGGCAACGAGUGCAUUAGAUGCGGAAAGCGAACAUUAUGUACAAGAAGCUUUGGAAAAAGCUGUUCAAGGGCGGACAGUUCUAACCAUAGCUCACAGAUUAAGCACAAUAAAAAAUGCAGAUAAAGUCGUUGUUUUAAAAGAGGGACAAGUAACAGAAACUGGAACUUAUAAAGAACUUGUGAGCUUAAAAGAUAGUUACUUUCAUAAAUUAGUUCAACAUCAAACCUUUGCUUAAAUUUUAGAAUUUAACGAUAAUCGUAUUGAUGAUUGAUUAAUUAUUGAAUCAAUGGUCGGUGUAUUUAAAAAAUUGUAUAUAUAAAUUGUUCAAUAAACCAGAAAAGUUUAAAACAAAUUAAGAAAUAUCUGAUAAUAUAUAAAAAUAAUGUACAGAGGUCAGUGAAAAUAUCAUUUGUAAUAAAUAAUUAAUAAAUUUAUUGAUUUAAUUUCUGAUAUACAAUGUUUUAUUCUGUAAUUAUGGUUUUCAAGUAUUCAUCUAUAUCAUGUGCUAUUUCAUAUGAAAUUUGGAAGUGUCAUAAUUAAUAAAAUAAAUAAUUUUUGCAAAAACUUUUUAUCAGACAAAUUAAAAAUUUUAGAAGUGAAAUUUGAUACAUAUGUUAUGUUUAAUCAAUUUGUGAAAUACAUAAACACUUAUUACAAGCUGUGAUUUGAUAUAGAAAUCACAGAAUUAAAUCUUUUUUAUCUAAGUAAGUCGGAUGUUUCCAAAUGGUAAUAAUUUUGAAUAUAUUUUCUAUAAAAUAAUAUACACUGCUAUUUUAAGUUAUAUCAAUGUCUUAUAUCAUUGACCUAAGUUGUCUUUAAAUUAAUGUACUGUUAUAAUUACUUUUAAGAUGAUCUAUCUCUAGGUUUGUGUUUGCAUAAAAAUAUUCAAUAAAAACAUAUGACCAGAAGCAAAUAUAAUUAAACUAGGCUGAUCUUUAAAUUACUCAAGCCUAUUUAAUGGAAUCUCCAUUUCAGAAGAAAAAGGAGUGUUGCAUUGUUUCUAUUUUUUUUUUUUUUUUGCUAUUAUAUUCUAUUA